AUGCCACCGGCUAUAGCAGUUCACAUUACUGGUGAAUGGGAGCUUGGCUGGAUACUUUGUGACAUUUGGAUAAGUUUGGACAUAUUACUGUGUACCGCAUCAAUCCUAUCACUAUGUGCGAUCAGCGUGGACCGAUAUUUGGCAGUGACAAGGCCCCUUACGUACGAGCCAGAUCAUAAUCAAGGAGGUGUGUGCCGAUACAACCAAAAUCCCGGUUAUGUAGUUUUCUCAGCAAUGGGCUCGUUCUUCUUGCCAAUGGCUGUAAUGGUCUACGUGUAUGCAAGGAUAUCGUGUGUUGUAGCAAGGAGGCACCACCAGCUAUCCAGUAGCAGUACGAAAUCCAGUAAGAAAUCAAAACUCUCGUGCAUAAGAACGGAAUCAGAUUCUGGAUCUGAUAAACUAUCUCUCAGGCAAAGUGUGUCAAAGCAACCAUCGAGAAAUUCAAACCAGCAGAGCGAAUGUUCAUCUCAAGCAGACCCGAAGUGCCCCUGUUGCUUCAACGCUGCGAAGAAGCAACAGACAGACAAAAAAUUACAGAAUAAGCAAAGAAAAGGAGUC